GCAAUUCACGUUUUCACAAGGAGCGGUUGUAAGAUGGCGGCCCGGUGGGGAACAGGCGAAGAGAUUUUAACUACUCAUAAUAUGGAGUUUUUCUCGACUACAAGCCUGGAUGAGGCUGAGGCCCUUCAGGGUGCUCUCGUGGUGGACUGCAUGGAGGACCAGGGCCUGCACGCUGGAGAUGUGGUGGAAGCUUUGCAAGGCUGCUUGGACCCCUCCAUCCUGUCCAUCUUUGAGGACUCCCCCACUGGAGAGGCAAAAAUUGGAAUUGACGAGGAGAGUGAAGCGAAUUUGCUUACUGCAUUAACCGAAGUACUUGACAACGUGGACGACGAGAACCUGUCGCCAUUCGACAUGUUGCCAGACGUGGAGCUGUUAACAGGUCAAAAGGGCCGCGAGCUCUCGCCGUUAAGAAAGCUCUUUUGCCUGUCACGGUCACCCCCAGACAGAGAAUCCAUGUUCAACUCAAGAGCAUUUUCCAGUCCAGGAAAGAGUUUACCCAGGAUGCCAAGCGUGACGAUACAGAGGAGCGACGGCGAGGACGAGGAGGAAAUGGCACACCUGUCCGACAUCGAGCCGUCUGUGGACCUGCUGGAUUGGAGCAGUGUGUCACUGGAGCAGGACGGGAGCUGUGUGGCGGUCACCCUGGGCGACCUGGUCAAACACAUGCACUGCAUGGCCGUGUGCCUGGAGGACGGCACUGGUGAACAGAUGCUUCCGGAAGGCGGGAUUGUGCUGGAGGUGGUGGACCAGGGAGAGCACGGCGAACCCAUCCUGGCCAUCCCUGAUCUGAGCUUUGAGCUGCCGGACGCCGGUUCCAAACAGGAGGUUCCAGACCAGACCCACGUGGUGGGUCAGGAGCACCCUGCUCCGGAGGCAGACGCGCCAGUGGACGCCGUGAAGCCCGCUGGGUCACCGCCGCCAGUGCUGGAGGACCAGGAAGAGAAGGUGGUCAUCAAGCGGCCGAAGGAGGAGGUGACCGAGAAGUGUCCCUCGCGCAGGAAAAAGAAACGGAAAAACAAAGAGGCCCAACCUCCGCCCGUGUCGGAGGGGAGGGUCUUGAGAAGCACCACAAAGGAUCUGACCAAGAAAACUCAGGAAGAGCAAGAGCUGCUGAAGAGUAGAAAGAAGGUGACCUUUGGCCCUGUCGUCUCGGCAACAACACUGGCCUCCGAGAUCGCCCCUACACCCAAGGCUACCUUGGCUGACCACCCUCAGGUGACGCCCCGACCCCCUGUGGACGAGAACCCUGCCCCCACAUGUGAUGAGCUCAGGAUGGAUGCCAGCGCACCCAAAGCUACGCCGGCUCCUGCAUCGCCACCUGUGCCAGCCCCAUCACCUGUGCCUGUGGCAGUGCCCGCACCCAGUGCUACCUCUCCUGCGCCGGUCGACGCGUGCGCCCAGGAGAAGGUCCCCGAGGAGCCGGCGCCGGCGGCCAGCGAGCCCAAACCCAAGCCGCUGAGCCUGCAGCAGUACCGGCUCCUGCGGCAGCAGAAGAGGCCCGCUCCGCUGGACAAGGCCGGCGACAACAGCACCAAGUGGCCCUCUCUGCCCGAGCCGCCCAAGGAGCUGCCCCCCAUCCCCUGCCUGCCGCAGCCCAGCCCUAAGGACCCACGCCACCUGGUGGCCGCUAAGGAGCCCAUUCCCGUCGAGAAGCCAGCCUGGCAGCCCAAGGGUCUGGCCGCUCCCCCCACUCCCGAAGCCCUCUUGGUGCCACCUGCCUCGCUGGUGGCUGCCUCCAGUAAAUCUGCUGUGCCCAAGCCCGUGUCUGUGCAACCUUCCCCUGCCUCCACCCCCAGUCCCACUCCUGCCCCUAGCUCCGCCCCUACUCCUGCCCCUGCCCCUGUUGCUGUGCCCACCCCUGCCCCCACUUCGGUAGCCGCGUCUCAGAACACUACGACCAGCGAUGCCCCGCUGAGCGCCACUCAGCCGGCUGUAGCGCUGCAAGCUGCUGUUAACAAGACUGCUCCACUUCCAAGUGCCACUACGCCCACCGCCUCCCAGGUGCUGCAGGCCAUCGUGUCCCGGCCGCACAUCGCCCAGCUGCUCGCCGCGGCCCUCAAGGGCCAGAAGCUGCCCCUCGUAUCGCCUCAGGUCCGUAGCAGCGCCCCAACACCCCAAGCCCAGAGUGAUGUUUACCCCAGAACCACUACAGAGGCCCAGCCCUCUGCUGCCGCUGCUGCCGCCACCCCACAGAAGGUGGUUGCUACUCCUGCAGCUGCUGUUUCUGUUGCUCCUUCACAAGCCCAGAAAAAGUCAGAGCAGACCGUGGUGUCACCCAAGCCGGAGGCAGUCAAAGUGGCGAUGCCAGUCACAGUGACCCAGCCGCUGCGGCAGCAGCAGCAGAGACAGGCGCCCGUGGCAGCUGCUGUGCCCACCAGCUCUCCUAUGGUGGCAGCCCAGAGCCAGCGUAAAGCCCUACCUGCACAGCCGAAGCAAACACCAGCUGUGGCACCACCCAAAGGGAAGAGUCAGACCGAUGAGCUGAUUGAGUCUUUUACAAGUGAAAUUGGUAUUGAAGCUUCUGAUCUUGCUAGCCUGCUGGAGCAGUUUGAGGAGACACAAGCCAAGGUGGAGCGCAGUGUGCCGGAGGUCUUUGGCAGAGCAGCCGCUGUAGGAAACUCCAGUGUCGAGACAACUAUGGAAAGUAAAGCUUUGGAAGGAACCAAAGUCCAUGACCUGGGUAGCACCGCAGGGCUCACUCCUCCAGGAACCCCUCCCCAUCAGAUGUGGAAACCCCUGGUGCCAGCUGUCUUGCAGGGCAAAAGCAAGAUGGCCGACGGCACCAAGCAGACCCCCACCAAGCUGACCAUCCAGAUCGAGCCUCGGCCCCUUCCGUCAAACAAACUCCGUGGCAAGGUUCAGCCCAGCGCGGCUGCCUUCCAGCCUUUCUCCCCCGACCACGACUACUGCCUCCCCUCGAAAGAGUCUUCCUCUGAGGUUGGCAAACGCUGGAACAUCAAACAGCAGCCCAGCAUUACCAUCAAGACCAUUGAUCUCCCCUCGGAGGUCAAGGUGCCACGGCAACCGUUGGCACGGUGCCCCCCGGUGGUCAGCGCGUGCAGCAAGCCCAGCGGAGCUCCUCGGCCUCUGGACGAACAGGCUCUGGCCAGCUCAGUCCUGGUGACCCCGGACGCCUCCCCGUCAAGGGUCGAACCGGAGGGGUCGAGAACGAGAAGCCCGAAGCGGGAAUGUUCCUCAGGCCACGGCUUGCGCUCCCCUAGCCCCUGUCACAGGAAGAGGGGUCGAGCAAGGCGGCGCCAGUCGGACCACUCCAGAUCCAGCAGUUCAGGCUCCAGUUCCAGGUCUUCAUCCAGAUCUCAAUCCCGAUCACCCCCUAGAAAAAGAUGUUAUCGCUCACACCGCUCUGAGAGCACAUCUAGUUCCCGGUCCCGGUCCCGGUCCAGGUCCAGGUCGCGCUCGCGGUCCGAGUCCCGCUCGCCGCACAGACGGCGGAGGUACUCCUACUCGAGCUCGCGCUCUGGGUCCUGGAGUAGGUCCAGGUCCCGCUCCAGUUCCCCAAAUUCUCACAGGCACUGGAGGGGCAGGAACAGUUCUAGGUCCAGUCGUCACAGCAAGCGGGAACGCAGUGAAGAAGUGAAAAGGCGCAAAGAGAAGGCUAUUGAGGAGCGUCGGGUGGUUUACGUGGGCCGCAUCCGUGCAGGGAUGACCCGUUCUGAGCUGAAGGAGCGCUUCUCGCUGUACGGAGAGAUUGAGGACUGCACCUUGCACUUUAGAGAACAUGGGGACAAUUAUGGCUUUGUGACUUACUACGACACAAAAGAUGCCUUUACUGCCAUCGAGAAUGGUGGCAAGCUCCGGCGACCCAACGAGCUUCCGUUUGACCUCUGCUUCGGAGGUCGGCGGCAGUUCUGCAAAACCAGUUACGCUGAUCUUGAUUCAAAUCGAGAGUAUGAUCCAGCAACCUCCAAACGCAAAUUUGAUGCACUAGACUUCGACACUUUACUCAAGCAAGCUCAGAAAAACUUGAAAAGGUAACAUGGAGAAGCCUGGGUGGCAGAACAGGAGAUCAAAAUCUAUUACCUCAAGGCCUUCGCUGGCCUCCUCCGCUGCCCAGAUUUUUGUUUUGGUUGACUGUUUUUGUUUUAGUUUUGUCCUAGUUUUUUGUUUUUUUGCAAGCUUACACCUUCUAUUGAAGUGAAGAUUUGUAUUAAAAGAUUAAAAUAGUACCAAAAAAAACCUGAAAAAAUUAUUUGAAACUAUGAAUGGGAAUUGUUUUCUUUUGUUUUUUUAAAAGAUUGAUUUAUUUAAAUGUUUUUGACUUGCCAAGCGCUGAAAACAAAACAUUUUAAGAAAUGGAGAAUUAUGUUUGAGCUUUUAUCAGUGUUUGGGGAUUUGUGAAUUACAUUGCACAAAAUGUAUGUCAACCCUAAUAAAUAUUUAAACUGGUAA